AUGGAGAAGAUCACGGACAAGAUUGCUGCUCUGUCAAAUGAUGCCAACUACUUUUCCCUUGAAUUCUUCCCUCCAAAGACUCAAAUAGGCUUUUCCAAUCUACAAACCCGCCUGGAGCGCAUGUCCAGUGCUCUGCGACCUCUAUUCGUCACAGUAACAUGGGGUGCCGGCGGUUGUACCUCUUCGAGAUCCCUCGAGCUUGCAGAGAUAUGUCAACGCCAGCUAGGCCUUACAACGUGCCUACAUCUUACAUGCACGAACAUGAAACGCAAAGUGGUAGAUGAAGCACUGGAAGAGGCGAAAGUACUUGGUGUACGGAAUAUACUAGCUCUGAGAGGGGAUCCACCCAGGGAGGAAGAGUACAGGCUUGAGGAUGAGGCGGAAAAUGGCAAAGAUGAAGAUGAUAGCAACGAGGACUUUACAUGGGCAAUCGACCUGGUCAGGUACAUACGGCGUGUUCACGGCGACUACUUCUGUAUAGGUGUUGCAGGAUAUCCGGAAGGCCAUGCGGAUCAGUCGCAUCCUACGGAUCAGGACCCAUUACACGAUUUGCCAUAUCUAAUAGACAAAACGAAAGCAGGAGCGGACUUCAUCAUGACACAAUUGUUUUACGACGUUGAAGCAUACUCGAAAUACGAGAAAAUGCUGAGGGAGCAUGAAUCAGGAAUUUUUGCCCAAAUACCAAUUAUCCCAGGACUGAUGCCGUUACAAAGCUACGAGAUCUUGAUGAGGACGACGAAGCUUGCUCAUGCAAAGGUACCUUUGGAAUUGCUUCACAAGCUACAAGGCGUCAAAGGUGAUGACGAGGCUGUGAAGCAAGUAGGCGUAGAAGCUAUCCAUGAUGUCGUCGAAAGCAUCAGAGAGGUGAAAGCUAAAGGACCGAGAGGAUUCCACUUCUACACUCUGAACCUGGAGAAAGCCGUCAGCUCGCUACUGGAUCGCUGCAAUCUUAUUCCACCAGAUCCUGAUGACAAUAACGUCUCCGCAAUCGACGACGUAUCCAUUCUCUUCAACGGCAAUGCCGCCCACCACCGCGCCCUCUCUUCCACUUCGUCCUCUGCGGCUGCCCAGCUAACCACUAACUCCCACCGCUCCUCCUCCCCAGCCAGAUUCAUACCACCAAACAGCAACCCUUUGUCGCGUGAAGCUACCUGGGAUGACUUCCCUAACGGGCGCUUCGGUGAUGCGCGCUCUCCCGCCUUCAACCCACCCUUGACCUACUCCCCAACGUCUCUGACAAUUUCCCCGGCCCAAGCUCUUUCCCUCUGGAGCACACCAACCACUCCCGAAGAAAUCACGCAUCUUUUCAUAUCCCACCUCGCAGGCCAAACCCCAAAACAGCUCCCCUGGUCCGAAUCCGCAACUCUCUCCCCCGAGACGGCUCUGAUCACUUCUGAACUCACCCAAUUGACCCGGCUGAAGGGCUACUGGACCAUAGCCUCCCAGCCCGCCGUCGAUGGUCUGCCCUCUACUCACUCCAUUCAUGGCUGGGGCCCACCAGGCGGUUUCGUCUUCCAAAAGGCCUUCGUCGAGUUCUUCGUCCCCGCUUCUACCUUCCACACCACACUCCGACCACACCUUGAUCGCCUCCGGAAGGAAGGCGAAAUAAGCUACUACGCUGGCAAUGCCGCAGGUGAAUUCCAAAGUAGUGAGAGCAGCGACGCGGUGCACGCCGUCACGUGGGGCAGCUUUGCAGGCAAGGAGAUUGCAACCGCGACGAUGGUGGAGGAGGUUAGCUUCAGGGCGUGGGUGGAAGAGGCAUUUGGAAUUUGGGGAGAAUGGGGGAGGUGUGUGGGUGAAGCGGCAAGGAGGGGUAGGGUGGAGAAGGCGAGGCAGAGUAGAGGCUUUUUGAGGCGGAUAGGGAAGGAUGUUUGGUUGGUCAAUGUUAUUGGGCAUGGCUAUCGGGAAGGGGGGAGACUGUGGGAGGUGUUGAUGGAGGCGUAG